AUGACAAUAUCUGGGAAUAAAACCACUAUUUUAUCUGAAAAUAUGGAUUAUGAAGAGAUGGAAUAUUCUAAUGCUAUUGCAGAUGAUAUUUCAAUUAAAAAUAAUCAUAAACAUAUGAAAAUAUUUCUUUUAAUUAUAUAUCCAGCUACAAUUGUACUUGGGAUUCUUUUUAAAUUAAAAAAUGGAACACAUGAUUCUUAUUUCUCACAUAGUUCUAAUAUAUUUAAUGUUAUUUUUGCUAAACUAGGAUGGUUUUGGACAUCUUUGGUAUUUAUGUAUCAUAUAUCAAGAAUUCAACAUAAAAAUAUAUUUAAGGCAUGUAUACGCUGGGUUUUUGCGACUCUUUGGUGGAUUUUUAUCACACAAUGGUUUUUUGGUCCACCAAUUAUGGAUAGAAUUUUUAUAUUAACAGGAGGACAUUGUAAAUUUAAUGAUACAGAAUCAAAUAAAAUAGCAACACAUGCUCUUUAUUAUUCAUCUGAAUGUAAAUUACAUGGAGGAAAAUGGUUAGGAGGAUAUGAUUUUAGCGGCCAUGCUUUUCUUUUAACACAUGCAUCACUUUUUUUAUCUUCAGAACUUCUGCUUACUUUAUAUUCUGAUCAAAAAUAUAUAAAACAACCUCAAACAAUAAUUGUUAUUGCUUUAUUAUUUUUAUGGUGGUUUAUGUUGCUCAUGACAGCAUGUUAUUUUCAUACAUUAAUGGAAAAAGUAAUAUUUCUUUAAAAUAAAAAACAUGGGCUUAUUAUAAUCUUUAGCUGACUGGG